GAUCAGACAUCUCAUACCGCGCUUUAUCUCACUUUUCGACUUAGAUAUCGGACAUGCGACCGUUGUACAUCGUAAUUGCAUUGCAGGCAACUCAUCGUGAUGCUGUAAUAAUUACUGCAUGUGCGCAGUGCCUAUUUACGCGAUGGGUUUCGAGGAUGCAGACGCGUGCAAUUGCGAGUACUGCGAUGAGGAAAGAGUGAUCGGUUUGGGAGAGGAGACGACUACUCAGGCCAUGUAUGAGGAGGACAGUGAUAAUGACGGUAAUCGGACAAUUUGCGCGAGGGAUCGCGAUUUUAACGAUCGCACGUUCCAAAGCAUCUGUUACAUGCUGUGUUACAAUCGUUGCACGAAAUAUCGAAUGGUGGCAGUUAAAGAGAACGACGUGAAGAAGUAUGUCGUAAUUGCGUACAGACCGAAUUAUUAUAAAUUUAAAGACGGAGCGUGCUGAAAUACAAGGGAUUAUUAUAUGCUUAUGCGGAUCGUAAAUCGAAAAGCUCGACAUGCAAUGUACAAUCUACAGAAAUUUAUGCAGUAAUUUCGCAAAAUUUCAAAUUAUUUAUAUUAAUAUAUAUAUAAAAUGUAUAAUCUAGUAAUUUUGUCAUCCAAUUAUCUUCAACGUUUAUUUUCCCUUAUAGAAAAAUACUAUUGGACUCGCGAAAAACCGAUCAAAAAUAAUUAGAAAAUCCAAUAUCAAAUCCAAUAUUGUACAUAUUUAUUUCUAAUAGGUUUUUUCUCUAAUCUAAUAGUAUUUUUUCACAAAAAUCAAAUGUACUGUCUCUGAUGUAGAUGUAACUUAAGACUUUAAAUAUAUUUUUCGAAGUGCCCAUUACAGUACACACAGCGAAUGUUGUGCUUUCCUGUAAUCAGGAUUCCAUUUGACGGCUUGAAAUACGGUAAAGACACGAGGAAAAGCGUAUAAAGAGCAGCACAGAGGUUACUAUGAUCAAGAAAGCUUUACUUUUAGCGCGAAGUCCUUCGAUUGUACUUCACAGUAUUUCUAAUAUGGAUCUUAGAUGUAUAAUAUAGAUAGUUUUUAAUAUUUAAUAUUUGAGGUAAUCGGAAGCGCUAACCCGGUUAAGAAUGUAUCUGCACUUAUAUGAUCCCUGCACAAAAUAAAUAAUAUUUAUACCUUAAA